AUGGGUUUUGGGAAAUUGCGACUCUUUUUCUCUAGAUUAUUUGUGAUCCUGAUUUUUCAGUUUUCUUUUUCUGAAUAUUAUAUGGGGCAGCAUCCUUGUCACUUAAAAAGAGAUUACAGCCCCACGUAUACAAAGGAAGGAGAUAUAGUUAUAGGGGCCUUCCUCUCCCUGUUUAGGAAGAGCGAUUUUAAAAUGGACAAAUAUUCUUUCAAAUCAUCUCCAGCCUUUGUAAGGGUAAAUAUAGGGUACAUGCUCAAACAUUACCAACAUUUUCUCACUGUCCAAUUUGCUGUGGAUGAGAUCAACAAGGACCCCCAUCUCCUGCCCAAUGUAACUCUGGGAUACCAGUUUCUCAAUAACUUCCAUCUAAGUCACUUGGCUGUGGAGAGUUCUUUGAUAUGGUUGUCUGGGAAGGGUCCAACGAUCCCUAACUAUAGCUGUGGCGGGCAGCACAAAUCAAUGGUUGUCAUUGGAGGGAUGUCAUCUAAACUGUCCAUGGCCAUGGCUACCUUGUUAGGACUAUAUAAAGUAGCACAGCUCAGCUAUGGCUCAUUUGAUCUUCUCCUCUCUGAUGAGGUCCUGUAUCCAUAUGUCUAUCAGCUGGGCAGCAGGGAAUCCACUCUGCACCUGGCAGCAGUUCAACUGAUGCUAUAUUUUGGCUGGACUUGGGUGGGGCUGGUUAUUUCAGAUGACCCGACAGGGGAGCAAUUCUUCAGGAACCUGAAAGAGGAGAUGGCCUUGAAUGGUAUCUGCCUGGCUUUUACAGAACGAGCUCCUGAGCUCUUUCAAGAAGACUAUGAAGUCAUUAAACUUAUGUCUAGGAUCCUUGGGUCCUCAUCUAAUGUGAUUUUCAUCUAUGGAACUACCGACUCCCUUGGUGAAAUUUCUGAAUUAUUCCAUGAUCAUAAAUUUUAUGGGAAAAUGUUAAUCACCAGCACAUCAUGGGAUUUUUCUGCAGAUUCUAGGAAUGCAAGAAUGAGCAAUUUUCAUGGUACAUUGAUAUUGUCUCAUUUAGAGAGAGUGAUUCCUGGUUUCACAGAUUUCCUGAGAAAUGUGCAUCCCCGUGCGAACCCCGAGGACAUUUUCACAAAGUCUUACUUGGAGGUGGUCUUUGAGUGUACACUUUCAGAAAUAAGUUCUAUAGGUAUAAUUUAUGAACAAUGUGAUGAAAAUAUAUCCUUUGCACUGGUACCACCUAUUUAUUUGAACAACCUCAUAAUUGGAAGGAAUUCUAAUAUAUACAAUGGAAUUUAUUUAUUUGCUUGUGCUCUCCACCAUAUGCUUCAGACUGAAGCAAAAGAUGUAUCAGAAUUUGCAGCAAACCCACUUCUUUCUUGGAAGCUCCACCACUUCCUGAAGUGUGUUAACCCUGCCAAUAGAAUCAAAGAUGAUUUAUGUGGUGAUGGAACCUCGAUGACUGCUGAGACAUAUGAAGUCCUGAAUUUUAAAUCAUUUCCUGAUAAUAUUUCAGUAGAGGUGAAAGUUGGAGAAGUGAUUCCUCAGGAAAAAGUGUUAAGCAUUAAUGAAGAGGACAUCGAUUGGCCAGAAGAUUUCCCUCAGAUUCCAAGCUCUAAGUGCAGUGAGGCCUGUGGCCCUGGCUUCAGGAAGCAAUUACGUGAAGGCCAGCCCAUCUGCUGCUUUGACUGUACCAUAUGCCCUGAUGGGAAGAUUUCUAAUAAAACAGAUGCAGAAGAGUGCAUGCAAUGCCCUGAAGAUCAGUACCCAAGCCAGGAGAAAGAUAGAUGCCUGCCCAGGACAGUAACUUAUCUGGCUUAUGAAGAGACUCUGGGAAUGAUUCUGGCCUCUUCAGCUUUCUGCUUCUCCAUUCUCACAACCUUUGUGCUUGGAGUGUUUGUGAUGCACAGAGACACUCCCAUAGUUAAAGCCAACAAUCGCAGUCUUAGCUACAUUCUGCUCACCUUUCUCUCCCUUUGCUUCCUUUCUUCCUUACUCUUCAUUGGUCGUCCCACACCAGCCAUCUGCAUCUUAAGACAAACCACAUUUGCCAUUGUGUUCACGGUGGCCAUUGCUUCCAUCUUGGCCAAAACCAUCACUGUGGUUCUGGCCUUUAGGGCCACUAAGCCAGGGAGCCAGCUCAGGAGGUGGCUGAGACCAGCAGUAUCUCAUGCCCUCAUUUUCAUUUGUACACUUAUCCAGAUGUGCCUCUGCAGCAUCUGGCUGGGGACAUAUCCCCCAUUCCUUGAGAUGGAUACACACUCUGAGGCUUCCUUCAUUGUUAUUCAGUGCAAUGAGGGCUCCCUUGUGACCUUCUACUGUGUCCUUGGCUACAUGGGCUUCCUGGCCUUGGUCAGCUUUACUUUGGCUUUCCUGGCAAGGAAACUGCCAGAUACUUUCAAUGAAGCCAAGUACCUGACAUUCAGCAUGCUGGUGUUUUGCAGUGUCUGGAUUGCCUUCUUGCCCGCCUAUCAGAGCACCAAAGGGAAGGCCAUGGCGGCCAUGGAGAUCUUUUCCAUCUUGGUCUCCAGUGCUGGGAUUCUCAUCUGUAUCUUCGCUCCCAAAUGUUACGUGAUCCUUCUGAGGUCAGAUAGAAAUACAUUGGGGAAAUUGAAAAACAAAGCUAAUACCUGA